AUGGCGCGUACUAAGCAGACGGCUCGUAAAUCCACAGGCGGUAAAGCACCGCGCAAACAGCUGGCCACUAAGGCAGCUCGCAAGAGCGCUCCGGCCACGGGCGGCGUGAAGAAGCCCCAUCGCUACCGCCCUGGUACCGUGGCUCUGCGUGAGAUCCGUCGCUACCAGAAGUCUACCGAGCUUCUAAUCCGGAAGCUGCCGUUUCAGCGCCUGGUGCGAGAAAUCGCUCAGGACUUCAAGACCGAUCUGCGCUUCCAGAGUUCCGCGGUGAUGGCGCUGCAGGAGGCCUGCGAGGCCUACUUGGUGGGGCUUUUCGAGGACACCAACCUGUGCGCUAUUCAUGCCAAACGCGUGACCAUCAUGCCUAAAGACAUCCAGCUUGCCCGCCGCAUUCGUGGGGAGAGGGCGUAAAUUGUUUUGAGUACAAACCUUAAAUCCAAAGGCUCUUUUCAGAGCCAACCA